AUGGAGAGGACUGGCUUAGUUGGUCAGCUCAACCCUCCUCAUUUCGUCAGUUGCUUCAGAGACCUUUCUGCCAGUGGGAGACUAUGUGAUCCAGAUCCCCAACAACCAGGUAUACGUGGACAUCGCCCAUGUCCACACCUUGCGGAGCAGGAAAACAUACGGUUGCCUCUGCUUGUUCAUUGGAAUCGCCAGUGGUGA